CAACAAAAAAUAAUUUCCCUCUACUCUACCGCAUAUAAAACACAAGAGCGGCUUAGUUUAUCAAAUUGGCUAGAACAGACAGGUAGCCAUGCCAAGUUAAAGAGCGCUCAUCCGCUCACCGCACGCCAAUAGCAACAAUUGUUUAUUUGAGCAAGCAGGUAAGCCACGCUCUUAGCCUGAUGUUCGAAAAUGUUUGCUUUGCAAGCACGGCAUGAGCAAGCCACCGACUAAAACGCGCUCAAAGUAGGGAUUUUUCGUUUACCUGUGCGCCAGGUAAAUUCAGUGUAUCGCAUGCGGCAGAGAGUAGUGGACGUGAUGGCGCAAGUAACCGAGGCAAGCAAGCAAUACAAGUGAUGAAUAACAAUGCAAGGCAAAUGCAAUAAAAACAAAUCAGAACUGAGUGAGAAAUGGAAAAAUGUGCCACAAACUAACUUAACAACUAGAGAAAUUAUAUGUUUGGUGUGAAGUCAAAGAAGAAGAAGAAGUAGAGGAGCGCUAGGAAAGCAGCGCGUGAUUGUGUUUAUGUGUGCUUAUGUGAGGAGAAAAAGUAAGAAAAGUGCAUGAAGUACAUGAGAGUAUGAAUACUAAAGUACUAGUUGAGGUGAUUUUGAGCAGCAAAUAAUUACGAUUUACGGUGGAUUAGUGAAAUCAAAGCAAAUGAAGCGGGAGAAGAAGUGAAGAGAAAUUGGAAUUUUUAUGAGCAACAUUGAUACAAUACUAUAAGAUAAUUAUGUUUGUUUGUGAAAAAAUGUGCUGAGACAUAGAUAAAAAUAUAUAAUAAAACAACAAAAAAAUAAAAUAAAAAUAUAGUCUCUUGUGAGCAUCUAACUUUGAGUGUUAAUUAUCGUUGUGAACUUUUUGUAGCCAGCAAAUGUGCAACUUUUGACAUUUGAUGUCAGCUAGCUGAGCUAUGAGCAAAAAGCGAAGACCGAAGAAUAGUAAUUAAAACAAAUGAAAGACAAGCUUAGAAAACAAACUGAGAUGAUCUCUUGUGACUUAAGUACAUUUUGGCUUGAACUAAUUGUAGUGUGGCUACAAAAAUAAUGACAUAUGAUGUACAUAUAACAUUUGAACAAACAACAACAGCAACAAAAAGUUUAUCGAAAAGCAAAUAAAAGUGUAGAAGAGUAUAAAUUUCAUUCGAUAAGUGCAAAAAAAAAUAAAACAACCACAAGUUCAAGUUAGCCCUCUGCUUAGUAACGAUAUACGAAAGCAGGCGAGACAUAUAAAUUAUAUAUCGCCGGACGGCACAGCGAAGAACAGGUGUAAAAGCUAAAAGCUGCGCUCGAAAGUGUGCACACAUUACGACGAACGAAGACGAAGAAGAAGAGCGCAAUGCCAAAAGCGGAAGGGAAGUAAAUCAACAACAGUUGUGCUGUAGUUCCGAAAUUGUUUUUGUUUUUUUUGUGUUUUUGCAAAGUGAAAAAGAUACACUUGCCACACGAAGCACUUGGCUAAGGUGGACAGACAUACAAGCAGACGAGUCGCUGAGAAAAGGUGCACACAACCCUCAUCAAGUGUUUGCUCAUAUGUUGUGCAUAUGUGUUUCGAAGUGAUCAAAUAUACAUACGAGUGUAUACGAGUAUAUGAAAAGUUGUCUGUUAAAGCUAACAAGUGUGUGUAUAUAUAAAAAUAAAUAUAAACAAAUUUAAAAAAGCAAAAAUAAAUACAAUAAAUUCGCAAAAUACUGUGUGUGUCUAUAUAUGUGCAAAUUCACCCUAAAAUACACACCCACACACAUAACAACAACAAUAAUAACCACUACUAUUAGCGUGCAUUCAGACGAGUAAACGGCGCCUAAGCUUUACAUAUGCCAAUUAUUACAAUAAACAAAUUGAAGAAAGGUGUUGCAAAUAUAGUAUUAUUAAAAAUGUUCACUACUAUCACAACAACAACUUGAAUAAAUACAUUUAAAAAUAAUCUUAUGAAAAUAUAGUGAAAUAUAUUUUCCCAGAAAAUCAUACACAAAACUUAUAAAAAUGGAUACCGUUGCUAUUAAAACAGCGCCACCGCAUGCGCCGCUUGCUGCCACACAACAACAAAAUGCCAUUCAGCAACAACAACAGCAGCAACAGCAAACGUUGCCCGCUAAAGCGUCGAAAAAUAAUGCUGAUUUCUAUACGAAAACUAGUGUUGGCGCAUUUUUUCAAACCUGCAAGGUCUUAUGGCACUUGGACGCCUUUCGUCGUUCCUUUCGCACACUGAAUCAUCACAUUUGUUGCGGUCAAGAUUGUAUAUUCUGUGCAUUGAAGGAACUCUUCCAACAACUACAGACCAGCUCGGAACCGGCUCUAUGUCCGGAGCCGCUGCGUCGCGCCUUGGCUAGCGGUCCGCUGGCAGGUCGUCGCUUUCCGCUCGGCUGCCUCGGUGAUGCGGCCGAAUGUUUUGAGCUGCUACUGCAUCGUGUGCAUUCGCACAUUUCCCCCGACGAUGGUGACGCUUGCGAGUCGCAAGCGUGUGUGGCCCAUCGUCGAUUUGCGAUGCGCGUCAUCGAGCAGAGCGUGUGCAAGUGUGGCGCCAAUUCGGAGCAAUUGCCAUUCACGCAGAUGGUACACUAUGUCUCAGCAUCAGCGUUGACCUCACAGAAUAGUUUGGCAUUGCAAAAUCAUCAGCAACUCACAUUUGGUCAGCUGUUGCGCGCCGCCGGCAAUAUGGGUGACAUCAGAGAUUGUCCGAAUUCAUGUGGCGCUAAGAUCGGCAUCUGUCGUGCGCUGCUCAAUCGUCCCGAUGUCGUUUCGAUUGGCAUCGUGUGGGACUCCGAACGUCCCGCUGCAGAUCAAGUACAUGCUGUACUCAAGGCCAUCGGCACCAAUUUACGUCUGUCGGACGUCUUCCAUCAGGUCGCCGAACAUCGUUGGGCACAAAAUGUGCAACAUGAAUUGGUCGGCAUUGUCUCGUAUUACGGUAAACACUAUACGACAUUCUUCUUCCACACAAAACUCAAGGUUUGGGUGUAUUUCGAUGAUGCCAAUGUCAAGGAGGUCGGCCCCAAUUGGGAAGGCGUUGUCGACAAGUGCAGUCGCGGUCGCUACCAGCCACUGUUGCUGCUCUACGCUGUGCCACAGCCACCUUCGGGCGGCACACAAUUUGCGCCGGAGACCACACAAUCCACGCUUGUGCGUCGCGCCAUAACCCCGAGCCCCAUUACGCCGGAGAAACCCAAUUUGGGCAAUACACGUCGUGCCAUCACACCAACACCGUUACGUUCGCCAAAUGAUUAUCAGAAUUUGAGCGUUAUACAGAAGAAUAUCUUUGCUGCCGCUGCUGUUGGAGCAAACAACAACAACACAAGUAAUGGCAACAACAAUAAUGAGGAAACGGAUGCUUAUAUACGCCGUAAGACGGUGGAGCACGUGCUGAAUGCACAGCAAUAUCAGAAUUUGAGCGUUGUGCAGGAUAAGAUUUUCGCCAAUAAUAACGGUAAUGUCGCGAACGCACAAACAGCCGAUGAGAAGGAUGGCGAUACCUUGGCACACAAGAUCGGUAAGGUACUCAAUGCGCAGAUGGUGCGCAAAUAUCAUUUGCAGCUGCAACGCAGUCAGAGCGCCGAGUCGGGUCAUGUUAGUGGCGGCUCUUCGAAUGGCUCUUCACCGCCCAGCGAUGGUCUAACUAUGCCGGAUCACUUGAACCAACCGCGUCGUCGCGAUUCGGGCAACUGGUCGGGUGAUCGCAAUAGCGCAAGCUCCGCUUCAUCCACUACGCUGGACAAUCCAUAUCUCUAUAUGGUGGGCAAACGUAAUCCGCCCGCAGUACCACAGAGUCCCACACGCAAUGGUUUGCCUUACGAUCCGGGCUAUGAUUCGUUCUCUUUGAGCUCGACAGAUUCAUAUCCACCGAAGCAUCAUUUGAAUCCACAACUGGCUAAGAUACCUGAAGCUGCAUCAUCAACUAUGCUCUCGGGCGAUUGCGAAAAGCUGUGUCACGAGGCCGAUCAGCUGUUGGAGAAAUCACGUAUCGUCGAGGAAUCACACGAUCUGGAGACCGCGCUUGUGCUCUGCAAUGCCGCCGCUGGACGCGCACGCGCCGCCAUGGAUGCACCGUACAGCAAUCCGCACACCAUGACAUUCGCACGCAUGAAGCACAACACAUGCGUGAUGCGUGCACGUAGCUUGCAUCGUCGUAUUUUGGUAGAGAAGGGCGCCGACAUGGAUGCCAUGCCCGAGAUGAAGCAUAUGCGUGAGGGCAGCAAUAGCAGCGUGAAACAUGUGCGUCAAAAUAGUAAGGAUAAGACGUUGGACAAGUUGCCGGCGCAGACAAAUGCAACAGCUGUGGCUGCAGCGACUACCGCAGCCAAUAAGAGCAUCGAGAUCUAUGCAACGCUGCCGAAAAAGAAGAGUCCGCUUAAGACGCUAGCAGCCGCUGUCGGCAACGAUGACAAUGCAAUCGAAUAUGAAGUAACCGCACCGGUUGCUGCGAAGCCGGAACGCGAGAGUCGUUCGAUCUUCGGUCGUAGUAGCAGCAAGUCGGAGAAGGAGAAACGCAGUCGCAGUGAAGAUCGCAAUAAGCUGACACGUGAGUUCUCAUUGACAGAAACUUUGUUGGUAAACGCAAAGGAUACGCUGAAGAAACAUAAAGAGGAUAAGGACGAGAAGAAGGAAAAGGAUAAAAAUGGCAAAAAGCAGCAUAAGAUACGACGCAAGCUUCUAAUGGGUGGACUCAUAAGACGCAAGAAUCGAUCUAUGCCCGAUUUGACCGAAGCCGGCGAUGAUGCCGCUACCCCGAAGGAGGCACCCGCACCGCUGGCCACUUCAGUGGACGACAGCUCAGUGGGUUUGAAUGGUAAGAAUGGCAUGAGUGGCUACAUUUCCGAGGGUCACUUCGACUAUCGUGACUCCAACAAUGCAAAUCCGAAUUUAGAGCGCAGCAAAUUGAUGCGCAAGAGUUUCCAUGGCAGCGGACGACAACUGACUGUGGUUGCUAAGGUAGCGCCACCGCCACCCAUGCGCACAAGCUCAGCGCUAACACCACAACAACUGCAACAGCAACUAGCACUACAAAAACAGCAGGACGCUGCAGUUCUGCAACAUUUCCACCAUGAAGCAAAUCUCUCCAACAUUUCGGUUAUGAGCUCAAACACCUCCAUCAGCGAGGACUCGUGCCAGACCAUUAUCACAACAUGCGCGCAGGUGCACAACGAACAGAGUCCGCUGAAGGACACCUUGUAUCAGACAGCCAAUGGUGUAGCACAAUAUCAGCACUAUAACGGUUAUGUCGCAGCAACAGUGGAGUUGGGCAGAGAUGAAGUAGAUGUAGCACCAGGUAAUGGUACUACUAAUGGCAAUGCUGGUAACAACACGACCGACGUACCCCUCGAAUUACCGCCAUACCCGAGUCCACCACAAUCGGUUUGCCAUUCGCGUCAAGCUAGCGAAGAUUUCCCACCACCACCGCCGGAGAUCGACCUGGAACCGCUGAAUCACCAGAUCAGUCAACUGCAAGUGCUCGAAGCAAACAAACAGCAGCGCAGCAUGGAGACGCUCGAGGGCACCACCAGCAUCUUGGCACAAUUGCAGCAGCGACAUCAACUCAUGAAGAUGCGCAAAGAGCAGGCCACACCCACUUGUGAGCCCACAAAUUGGCUGAAAGAACUGCAGGCCAAGCAAACUGAUCUCAGAAAUGCACAACAGCGUGCCACCACAGACUCACCAAUCGCACAGCUGGCGCAGCAGUCGUCGAACGGUGUACGCGAACUUGCCAAUCGUUUCGAACAAUCGAAAGUAAACGGCGCUGGUGAACCUGCACCACUACGUUCUUACUCAUCACAGGAGCUACUAAACCCCACCAAACCCACAAUACGCACACAAAUGAAUGGACUGCCGCCGGCGCCGUUGUCACUCAAGAGCGAGUCGGAUGAAGUGGACUGCGCGCCGCAGCGUCUACAGCGGUUGCCACCACAUCAGGUGCUGCCCAAGCCGAAAUAUGAAGUGCCACAAUCGCAGAUCGCCGAGGAGCUGCGUGAAGUUGAGAUGCUCAACACGAUGGUUCAGCAAACGCUGAACAGCACGCAAGCAGCGCCGCAGCAACACCAACAGCAAAUGCAACAACCGCAACAGAGUAUGCAACAGAACGGCGCAGUCCCAGUCGCAGCCGCUUUGCCGAAGCGCGUCAAGAAGAAGAGCGUUUCAUUCUGCGACCAAGUAAUACUUGUUGCGACGGCAGACAAUGAGGAAGAUGAUGAUUUCAUACCGAACCCAAUACUGGAGCGUGUCUUGCGCACAGCCCAAAAUCCCAACGAGAAGGUGACCGCGCAACUCAUACAACAACAACAGCAGAAUAUGAUACGUUUGCCGACGGAAGCGCAACCGCGCAUUGUGCAACCGUUGCCGCCACCAGUACAACAACAACAGCAGCAGCAACAACACCAGUUGCCAUUGGCGCAGCAGUCGCCAAUGUUGGGCAACGAUCGCCGCCCCCUGCCGCUGCAGGGUCAGGACAUGCAACGCUAUGUGCAACUGCAACGGCCACAACUGGAAGCACUGCGUCAGCAGCAGCAACAAAUUCAACAGCAGCAGCAGCAAGAGCAGCGCCAACAGCAACAACAGUCAGCCAUGCCAUAUAUGCCAGCGGGACAAGUCUACACGCCCAUGCAAGACAUUUAUCGCAUGCAACAUCAGCAGCAGCAACAACAACAGCAGCAACAGCAACAGCCACAGUAUGCCACGCAGCUGACGUCAGCGCAUCAGCAACACGCGCUCUACGAUGAGCGCAUGCAUGCCAACAACAACAACAACAGCAGCAGCAAUAACAAUCACACCUUGCUUGCCGCGCGCACGAGCAUGAGCGGUAUCGCUAAUGUUGCCACGCAGCAACAUAUGCAGAUGCUAGCAGCUCAACAGCAACAGCAGCAGCAACAACAACAGCAACAUCUCGAUGCACAAUCGAGUUAUGUGAGCAUACCACGCUCGCAUGUCAAUCAUCAGCAGCAGAGCUACUCCGUGCAACUACAGAAGCACCAGCAGCUCUUGCAACAACAACAACAGCAACAACCACUGACUACUAACAAUGGUUACUAUCCCGGCGUGCCAGGUUUGGACACUGCGCCGCUACCUUCACCCUACCAGCGCGUACCACUGCCGCACGGCUAUGCCAGUGAGCAAUUCCCAGCGCCUCCGCUCAACAACCUGCCCAAACCACAACAUCCCUACCCCUCCCCCACACACAAUACCAGCGCCGCGCCCUCACCCUACUUCCCCGUGCCGCAAAAUGCCGCAUCCGCGUUAGCCAACCCUGCGCCGCAGCACACGAAGGCAUCGCACCAGAAGAAGGUCAGCUUCGAGCCGGGCACCAAGGGCGAAACGGACUCGUUAUGCAACGGCAGCAACAGCCACAGCGGCGGUAACAUGUCAACAGCGUUACCACCGAAACCGUUGGGCCUCAACAGCGCAGCCGCCGCCGCAGCGCAACAAAAUGGACUGCCACCAGUGUUGUUGGACAGCAGCGUCAAUGUGACCGCCAUACCGACGCGCGUUUACAACAACGCCAUCGUCAAAGCAUCCGCCAAAGCGGUGGAGUGCAAUCUGUGUCGAAAGCGUCAUGUGAUCGCGCCCGCCGUCUACUGCACCAACUGUGAAUACUACCUGCAGAUGUUGAACAGCAGACGAUGAAAGCGGACGCACGCCCUGAAGUACAGUGUUGGAGAACGUCUAGUGUUGGAGAGCGUCUAGUGUUGGAAGGCGUCUAGUGCUGGAAGGCGCACAGUGUUGGAAAGCGCACGCGUUGCGUCGUCGCGCCAAUUCAUAAGCAAUAAUCGCUGAGCGAAUUUAGUUUGUCAAACGAUUGCAUUUCACUAGCGUUUAAGCUCAUCCCAUUGCAUUAAUCCAUAACCAUAAGAACUUAGUGCUAAAAAAUAAUUCAUAAACUAGUUUUAAAAUUAUACUUUAUAAAUGGAAUUAUGAAAUCUCAAUCUCAAGCCAAGCUGCCGUACAUUGCAGUUCAAAGUGCAAUUUGAAAUAAGAAAUAAAGAAAAGAAGAAGCUUAAUGCGGACUCUAAUAAAGGUAAGUGGUAUAACUCAUACUUACAAGCGCUUACAAACACAUCUACAAGCAUACAUAUAUACACCCAUAUAUAUAUAUUCUCAAAACUGUGGCCUUUGAAGUAUCCUUUGCUGUUUUUGGCUUAGAAGCUUUUAAGCACCCUUAAAGCUAACCACAAAAAAUUACAAAAUGAAAAAAUCGCAUGCAAUUCCUUUAUGGUUCUACAUAAAGUACAAUUGGCAUAUACAUAAUUAUUAAUGAAAAAUUUUAAAUAUAAAAACAACAACAACGAAAAUUCGCUUUAAACCCUUUGAAACUUGUUCCAAAAGCUUUUAGUCCUUGACUACUGAAAAGAAAAAAAAUUGAAAUAACUCUUCCACUUCGUUUAACAAAUUAGUUAGUGCUUGUUUACUACAUACAUACAUACAUACAUACACAAUAAUUAUUUUAAUUAUAAUUAUUAUUCAUAUACAUACAUACAAACAUUUAAAAAAUAAAAUGAAAUUCAUGAAAAUCUCAUACAUUAAAUUCAUCUAUAAAUAUACUUUUAAAUAUAUAUAUAUAUAAAAUUAUUUAAUAUACUUAUGCUUACAUAUAUACAUUUAUUAAGUUGCUACAUAAUUAUUAAUUUUUUUUACCGUUAGUUUUUAAUACGCAAACGUUUUGUUUGGUUGUGGCUGUCGAACGGCCCUUACACCGCCAUGCGUUUGCAUUUCACAAAAUAGUUUAACUUUUAAUUUUAUUUUUAUGCAUUAAACACUAUUUUUACUUAAUUAUCUAUAAUUAUUAUUAUUAUUAUCUGUAUUCGCUAAUUAUUUUUAUUAUAAUAUUUUUAAUGUUUUCACAUCCAUAAGUUUUAUAAUGUUUUUUUCCACACAGAAAAAAUAAUGAGCAGUUGAAAAACAACGCUACCGCUGCAAAGCAACAACAAGAAUCUGCUUAAUAAAUCAAUAAAUAAAUAAUAUCUUUUUUACAGAUACAAAAAAAAUAAGAA